ACUCUCUUCUGCAUGGCUUAUGGUUUUAAUUAGUGACCAUGUUGCCUUUAUUCUUUAUUCUCUACCUGGGUUUUGUAGGUUUCAGUGAAGGAGCUGGUAUUUUACCAGAUGGUCCUCUGGAUGCAGCCAUAGGAGGUUCAGUGUUAUUUGAAACAACAAAGACUCCUCCAGAAACUCCAUUUUUAGUGGUGACCUGGAGCUUUGGUGCAAACAAUAUAGGAAUCUCAACUCCCUCUGGAGAGAACAUUGGGGUAAACUAUACAGGCAGGGCCAGAAUCACCCAUUCUACUGGAUCUCUGGAGCUCAGCAAUCUGACAGCUGCUGAUAGUGGGGAUUAUGGAGUCGCUAUUGUUCCUUCAACUGGUGGUCAAGAGUCAGGAACCAUCACACUGAGAGUACAUGCUCCAAUCUCCAAUGUAACAAUAAAUCCUGAAACUCAAAAGCUUGUUGAGGGCAAGGAUUCUCUGAGGCUGUCCUGCUCCUCUUCUGGAUCCCCGCUGUCUUUCCUCUGGAUGAAAGACGGCUCUGAGAUCACAGCCAGCGACAGAGUUCAGAUCACUGAUGGAGGCAGAUUGCUCUCUAUUGCCAACGUGACCAGAGAUGAUCAGGGGAGCUACACAUGUAAAGUGUCCAAUCCUGUCAAUAGUGACACCAGCGAUCCUGCAAACGUUACCGUCUCCUACGGGCCAGAAAAAGUAAAGUUGACUCCACCAGCAGGAACAGACCAUGCAGUAGGAUCGGACAUCACGAUGGUCUGUUCAGCUGAUUCCAGACCUCCUGCUCAGUUUACCUGGUUUCUAAAUGGAUCUCAGCUUCGAGACAUUGGAUCAGAGCUCAAACUGGUGGAUGUUCAGGAAAAUCAGAGUGGAAGCUACAGCUGUCAGGCCUUCAACACCGAAACUCUAAGAAAUCAAACAUCUGAACCUGCAGUCAUCAAUAUUCUGGUGAACGUAUCAGAUGCUUCUGUCAAACCAACAAAUCCUCCAGUUGAAGGGACCAGUCUCAACUUAACCUGUGAGGCUUCUGGCUCAGUGUUGAGCAGAAAGUGGAUGAAGGACGACUCAGAUCUGAUCCUGACUGACAACAUGAAGCUUCAUGACAAUAACAGAGUGCUGUCCUUCACCACUGUGAGCAGAAAUGACAACGGAGAAUAUGUCUGUCACAUCAGCAACAGCUUCAGUAGUAUGCUAGCUGCUUUCUCCUUGACUGUAAACUAUGGACCAGAAAAUGUCAAAAUCAGUGGUGAAAAUCAGAUAAAAGUGGGAAGCACCAUAAAACUGAGCUGCACCGCUGACUCAGAGCCAUUGGCUGAAUUCACCUGGUUAUUCAAUGAGACUCAGAUACUGAACUCAUCUUCUGAGCUCAUUAAAGACAACGCGAACAUUUCUGACAGUGGAACGUACACCUGCAGAGCGACGAAUGAAAUAACUGGAAAAUCUGGAUCAGCUGAGCACCGGCUGUCUGUGACAAAUACCUCAGGGGACAAUAAUUCUACACCACCAGGACCAGACUGUGACACUGGCUGCAUUGUUGGGAUAGUAGUGGCUUGUGUUGUGGUGGUCGCUGUCGCCAUCGGCGUAGGGUGCUACUGCGUUCAGAAAAAGAAAAAGAAAAAGAAAUCUACCUCUACCACUACUGGAGGUGGAGCGCGGGGAAAUGCAGGAAACAAAAAUGAGGACCUGAACUAUGCAGAUGUCAGGUUUUUCCGUAACAAGCAAGGAGUGUCAGUGCCGCUCGGGGAGCAGAACACCACAACAGACUACGCUGAAGUCCGAGUGAACAACAAGGGUCCCGGACCGUCCUCCCCUCCCACCUACGACGAUCAUAUGCAGCGAACAAAGAGGUCCGCCCCUCAGCCCGGCGUUAACGGCGGACCAGCCCACCCUUAGGUCCCCACAAAGUGAGGUGGAACAGACAUGAGGAACGCAUUUAGUUGAAAGAAAGAAUCACUUCCUCCUUUUGUGUUGUUCCUUUAUCUGGUUGAGUGAUUCAGACCUUAGUCUACCUUGUGAAACGCACUUUAGUGGCAGUUAAACAAUAACCAGCUCUGACGGUUAUUACCGACACCAGCGCCAUAAUGCAUGACGCAAAGUGCAGACGUAUGAGCGGUAAUGUUUUUCUUUGUAUCAUCCAGCUGUCGGUGGAUCAUCGUUUAUGUAACAUUUAAAGCCACAUGCAUUCAAAAUGAGAUUACAUUUUCCAAUGCAUUUAAAAACAUCAGUUGCACCAAUCGGAUAAAUUGUGUUUAUUUUUCAAUAUUAUACUCUAUUUUACAUUUAGAGCAGGAAUAAAUGUUCUGGUGGGUUUAAACUUUGACAUUCCACAUACAAAAACUUAAGACACAAUAAUGAAUGUAAAAUAACAAUGAUGGGAUGUUUUUUCAUAAGAUGAAAGAGUUCACAGUUGAGUAUUAAAAGAAGCUGGGAACUAUCUGAUCUACACGUGCUUUUUUAAGAUCUGAAGUCCAUCCUGCAGACAGGCAGAAACAUGACUCUGAUCCUGUUAAAGUUCACAGUUAAUAUAUAAGGUUGUCACAAGGAAGUAAAGCUACUUCUUCUGUCAAUGUUUCUCUUGUCCAAAUCGCAAACAUCAGCAUAUAAUACCACAAACAAUACAGUCACUUUGAUUACAGCUUAUUUUCUAUUUAAAUGCCAGUCGGCAGCUUUUCCAUAGAUCUUUGUAAAUAAUUAACUUUAAUAAAAACAUCUGUCUACAAAGCCAAAAGUACUGUCUUUGUAAUGACUGAGAUGCAGUGGCAUGGAGAAACUGAUAUUCAGCAAUUCACCAAUAGAUUUUUGUUUUUUUCUGAAAAUGCAGUCAGCUGAAGAGAACUGUGAGACCUACCUGAAGAGAUAAUCUGUACUGCAGUGAUAAUGCUUUAUUUUCAUGAGUUAAAUAAUUCAUCCUACUUGUGUCCUCAGUUCAACUGUGUCUCUCUGCAUGUAAAGGCCUUGUACUGUAGUUGUGUAUUUUGUUUCUUUUUUCAGUUCCUUCAUGCAUGGACACUGUUUUUUAGAAGUGCACUGCACUCCAUGUUUUGAUCAGUGACACUCCCGGGGCAUUUAUCAGGAUUGAUGUUGAUAUCAUGUUAAUUUAUAAACUCCAAUUUUGGCCUGGAGCUUGAUUGUUGUGCACAGAGUGUCAAAGUCAGGUUAUUACUGUGGAUUGAUUAGAUCUUCUUUCACUGGGAAUGUGUUGCACGUUUGCAAAAUAAAGCACAACGGGACUUGCAGUUGUGGAAACUGUGUCUGAACAUACCUGAUACAUUAUAUAAAUAUUCAAAUCAAAGGUGAAGCUCUCAGGCUGUUUACAUAGUGUGAGGAAAUAUGCGGGGAGAAAAAGGUUAAAGCUGACCUGCAGCGGUGCAAUCUUUUGUCUACUAACCCAACAUCAAGCCUUUAUCCAUUCGGACUUCACGCUCCAGUUGUGUUUGGUUUGUCAUCUAUAGAUCUGAUAAUAACUCAAGCGCACAACAAAUAAGGGAAGGAAAAGGCUGAAAGUUUUAGACGUGAGCCGUUUCUCACAGUCUCCCCUCCACCUAUUAGUUACUCAUUACUGAAGCUCAAACUUUCUUUGUAGUUUCCCCCUCACACAAAAAAAUGAAACCUUGUAGAACAAGUGUGUUCAUCAUUAGCUUUUCUGCAGCCAGGCUGCCAGGUUUUCAUUCAACCAUGAAGCUUAUCCUUUCUUUUUUUUCUGUCACAUACCAAAGAAAAUGUCUGUUGAAUGUUUGACGAAUUUGCCUUUUGACUUGAAUGUACCUUCAAAGAGAAUCUCAGGAUAGAAAUGUAUUUGUGAAAAUUG